GCCACGUCCACGGUUCGACGACACGUUGCCCGAGCAGCUGCUCGCCCUGCCAAUAGACUGCGGGCCCGAUAGGCUAUCGACGCGGGCUUCGCGGCGCCCGAGAGCCUGUCCAGACACGACGUGGGCCGCGUCCACCGUCCGGUGGCCCUCUGGAGGUGUCUGCAGGUGGGGUGCGGGCGGAUGCGAUCCCCGCGGACGUUUGCGUUUAGGCUUUACGUUGGCGAUGCGCGGUCCGCCAUCAAUAUCUCAAUGUCGCACCCAAACGCGAUCGGAACGAGACAGCGAGCGUUCUGUUCGUCUGCGGAGGCGCCAUGCCAAUGCCAGGUAACCACGGACGAGCAUGCCGGGAGACAGGGUGAUGGCAGUUCGCCGAGGGCGAGUGGCCGCGCAAACCAGCUCCUGCGGGCGCAGGGGCCGUCGAUCCGGGGGCGCGUCCGAAAAUACCGCCGCAUGGGCCUGCCCAUUGGUGGUGAUGGGCAUUCGGCCGCGCCCGACUGCCGACGACGCGCAGCCCACGCCCCCGCGCUCGCGUCCGACCCUGCACGCUGCCCGCACCACUGCCAUGUCCACGUUCCCCCGCCAGCUCGCGUCGACCGGCGCGCCCUCGUCGUCAAAGCUUCCGUCGCCGCACGACGCCGCCCUCCCCUGGACGCCCGAUCCCGCGCCGAUCGAGCUGUACAUGCCCAGGCACCCGCCAAGGCCCGCCAGGACAAGUUCGUCGAGUCCGUCGCGCAGCGCAAGGAGCGCGUCGAGUUCCUCCGCCGCCGCGAGUGGACGCGCCGCAUCGCAGAGUGGAUCGACAGCGCCGCGGGCGCAGACGCCAAGGUGCGCGCCCCCCACCGCGCCGUCAUGCGUGACGCCUCCGCAGACGCUCACACCCCCCAGGCGCUCCCCCCGAUCACGUACUCACGCCGACGAGACUACGAGGACGCGCCGCCACCCGCGCAGCCCGCGCCCUACCGCUACCCCUCCCACCCCCACGACGAGCCGGAGAGCAUGGAGCCCUACAUCAUCUAUACCGCCUCCCCUCGCUCGCACCCCGCCCCGGCCCUGCCCUCGAGCUACACCCCGCCCCCGGCCUACCCAGCGCGCCCGCCCGCGCUCAACAUGCAGGGCGCCCCGAUGAGACAGCGCUCGGCCGCCGAGCUCCGCUCCCGCCACUCUUCGCUCUCGUCCAUAUCCGAGGAAGAGGAGCCCGCGCCGGCGCCCUGCUUUUAG